AUGUCCCAAAUUCGCGAGAAGAUACUUGAGAUCGAGAAAAAUAUAAGCGACGGGGAAAUGAUGCUUCGAGUUCUUCGCCAGCUGCCUCAGUCCGAGGUUUUUUCUGUUCUUAAUCUAAAUUGUAUAAUAAAGGAGACCACUGCGCAGAUUCAGCGUUUUGAAGAGCUCGUAACGAAGUUGCAGGAAUAUCACAAUAGAUAUCGAAAUUUGGAGCAAGCUGACUCACUUAACGCAGCGUCGCCAGAUGCUGCGCAAUCUAGCUUUACAGGAGAUUCGGCUCCCCCAGUAGCACUUCCUCGACGUGACUCUGAUGCCGACAGUGAUGAGACGGAAGGCCAAAGUCUACCUGCCGGCAAGAAAGAUACUUCUGUCGGUAAUGCAUCUGCCGUCCAGGGGAGUAGCCAAGUGGCUGCUGAUGAUACGCAGGACAAACAUGCGACAGUUGUUAUUGACCCCGCCGAUUGGCCACUCCAUUUUAAGGCACAGGUUUGCCAGCUCUCGCACAUGUACACCCAAGUGGAUCGUUUUGAGGACAUGCUUAACCGCCUGCUUGUUCUUGUGAAGGCUCUGAAUUUGACCCCGCAAGAAGACCUCUUAACCGACGUUUCUAGUCGUUUCAUCGAAUUAAAGUCAAGUCUGACUUCCCUAAAAAAAGCCUACGACGGUCUUAGUGCCCACGAUACCGCAUCGGACGCUUUCAGGGCUCGGCAGCUUGGCAACCUGCGGGGAUUCCUCGUCGACCUGGGCCGCAAUUUGGAGAUGACCAAGGAGUGCUUCUUCUCGGUUGCAAACAUCGUUAAACAGGCCAUCAGCGAUCACGGGACCCCCAAAGACGAAGAUGAAAGAAAGCCGUCGGCAUCAAACGAAGGCAACGAGGAGGCCUCACAUGUUAAUCCAGGUGUGUUGUAUGACCUUCCAAUAGCCUAUUUAGGGUUUUUUUUUCAUCGAAAGAUUUUGAGUAAAUUUUUUUCCUAUCGAACAGCCCUGUUUUUAACGUGCUUUCCCGAAAACAAUAGUAUCUUUUUACCGGGCGCUCUUACCCGGCAACUUCGCCAAAUUUUUAAACCAGAUACAUGGUUUGUUUUACUACUGGUUUGA